CACAUGUAUUAUGUUAUAAUUCGUAAAAGCACUUAGAAAUUGUGUGACGUGACGUGAUAAAUUAGUUAAAAAGAAUUAAUAUUAUUAAAAUGUCAAAAGAACUUGCUGAUAAUAUAUUAAAAUAUUUAUCUGAAAAUAAUGAAGUUAAUUCCUUAGAUUUAGCAGACAUUUUUAAUGAAGAUCAUCAAAAGAUAGUUGGAGCAAUUAAAAGCUUGGAAUCUCUUGGAGAUGUAAUUGAAACAACGAUAAUCAGCAAGCAAAAGUGGGAAAUAACAACGGAGGGUGAACAUGUAUUAAAAAAUGGUAGUCAUGAAGCUGUAGUCUAUAAUGCAGUACCUGAUGAUGGAAUAUCUAAAUCUAUUAUCGAUUCAUCUGUUCCUUUCGCAAAGAUUGGUUUUUCCAAAGCACUCGCUGCCGGUUGGAUUAAACUUGAUAAAUCUAAUAAUGCGACUAUUGUUAGAAAGGCCUUACCAUUUAUCACCGAUACUGUACAAGUACACUUAAAAAAUCUUGAUAGUAUACCGGAGAAUAUUAAGAAAGAAUACAAAAAGAGAAAAUUCCUACAAGAAAUUAUUGUAAAAAGCAUACUACUUAAGAAAGGACCAAACUUUUCUAUACAAACUGAAAAGUUAGAAACAGAUUUGACUGCGGAAUUAAUAGCCAACGGUGCUUGGAAAGAUAAGAAAUUUAAACCAUAUAAUUUUGAAGCCCGUGGAUCGUCCCUAGAAGUCGGACAUUUGCAUCCUUUGCUUAAAGUCAAGAGUGAAUUUAAAAAGAUAUUUUUGGAAAUGGGAUUUACAGAGAUGCCUACGAAUAAUUACGUGGAGAGCUCGUUUUGGAACUUUGAUGCUUUGUUUCAACCACAGCAGCAUCCUGCACGAGAUGCACAUGACACGUUCUUUAUUUCAAAACCAAGUCACAGCGAUUGUUUUCCUCCUGAGUAUUUGGAAAAAGUUAAAAAGGUUCAUAGCGAAGGUGGUUAUGGAUCUCAAGGUUACUGUUAUGAUUGGAAAUUAAAGGAAGCUCAAAAGAAUUUACUUCGUACCCAUACAACUGCGGUCAGUGCACGGAUGCUGUAUAAUCUUAUGCAAGAGGGAGAGUUUAAACCUGUAAAAUAUUUUAGUAUUGAUCGUGUUUUCCGAAAUGAAACUUUGGAUGCAACUCAUCUUGCUGAGUUCCAUCAAAUUGAAGGUGUAAUAGCCAAUUAUAAUCUUACUCUUGGUCAUUUGAUUGGUAUGUUGUAUGAAUUUUUUAAGAAACUUGGCAUCACUGAACUUAAAUUCAAGCCAGCCUACAAUCCAUAUACGGAACCAAGUAUGGAAAUAUUCUGUUAUCAUAACGGUUUAAAGAAAUGGAUUGAAAUUGGUAAUAGUGGAAUGUUUAGACCAGAAAUGUUAUUGCCUAUGGGUUUACCAGAAGGUGUUAAUGUUAUUGCAUGGGGUUUGUCGUUAGAAAGGCCCACGAUGAUUAAAUAUGGUUUAAAUAAUAUAAGAGACCUUGUUGGACAAAAAAUUGAUUUGGAAAUGGUGUACAAUAACCCGUUGUGUCGAUUAUAUAAAGAUAGCGCUCAAAUGAAAUCAUCAAAGAUAAAGUUGCAAAGACCAUUGGAUGAGGAAAAUCCAAAGAUAAAGACCGAUCAAAGUCAAUGCCAUGUAUCGCAAAUAAUACAAAAUGCUGCAAGGAUCGAAAAACAGAAACUUAUUAUUUUUUGUGAUCCGCUUUAUCCUAUAUACUCAAUAGAAAAGAUUUUAGAUCUCGCUAAAACUUACUUGAAAGUAAACAUAUCAACUUACACGCAUUCCUCUGUAAUGAAAUUACCUGUAUGCUUGCAAAAUUUCUGUUUAAAUUAUCAAAAUGCGGAUAAGAACAGUCUUAUAGAUAUAAUAUUAAUUUGGAAAAACAUCGGCAUUGAUCCAAUUAUGCAAUCGUCUAAUAUGUUUGAGUUAAAGGGUGAAGUUAAUAUAGCGCGUUAUUUCAAUCGUUUAAUUGAAUCUCAAAAACCUAAUUUAUUAAUAUACGAGAGUAAUGGUCCUCUGUACGCUAAUCAAGUAGACCUUUAUUUAGAAAAAAUCUAUAGUAUUUUGCACGAAGUAUCAAAAGAACAAUUAAAUAAAAUUUUCAAACAUUCACCAUAUACGUUAGGUGAAAAUCUUUCCAUUGUAGAUAUUGUUUUAGAUUCCAUAAAAAAACAUAAAUUAAAAAGAAAAUAAUUAUGUAUAUUAAAUGAAAUAAA